GAUAAGUAAAAACAAGCAACGUGCAGAGCUCAGCCGGUUCACGUAUACCUACCUACUUAAUUAUUGUUGUUAUUCAUUUAUGUCGUCGCAAACGUCGUGCAAAUGUAUUUCGUGUUUUGCAGUAAAUGAUGUAAUGUGAUUCCCCUGUAGAGAUCACGAUAUCGUUUUUUUAAAUAAGUUCUUCAUCAAUACUUAUCGCAUUUAUGAGGAUUGUAAGUUUAUAUUGGAAAAAAAUAAAAAAUUUUUAAAUAAAUACUACAAGCCAACAAGCAAGAUGAAUAAGAAGACACCAGUUUCAAUAUUACAAGAGAUGAUGGUGAAACAGGGUACUUCACCAAAUUAUGAACUUAUUCAUAACGGUGGUGGAAGCCAUCAAAAUAUUUUUACAUAUCAAGUUACGUGUGGUGGGUUCUCAGCGUCAGGUACCGGUAGAUGUAAAAAGGAUGCUAAACACGAAGCAGCUACAGCGAUGCUUGAAACAAUUGCAAAGCAUAGUGCAUUACCUCAGCUUCCCGCAACUCCGUGUGAAUCACCAGUCAGAACACCACUGCCAAUGACGUUGCCUGUUGCUCCAAAAUCACCAGCUAACGUUCCAUUUCGCAACACUAUUGGUGAAUUACAGGAAUUGUGCUCUACAAAUAACUUAGAUGAUCCACAAUACAAAGAAAUAAGUGAUGUAGGACCGCCACAUGCUCGUAUCUUCACUGUACAAUGUUUAGUCUCAACAUUUGUAGAAGAAGGAAUUGCUAAAACCAAGAAACAGGCAAAGCAUGAAGCUGCGCGUAAAAUGUUAGAAAGGAUAUCAGAUAUUGUUCCCGAUGAUCCAAAUGCAAUAGAUUCUACUGAUGAUGAAAAUCAGAAAAGGGAACAAAUGGCGAGCAAAAUUGCCAUUGCUAGGUAUCCUUUUUUGAGUAUGGUUCAUAGUGAAACUGGAAAAUCUAAAAUUAACUGGGGUCUUAAGGUAGUCAAUUUUCAUCAAAGACUCAAAAAUUAUUUUGAGGAUGAUAAACGAAAUAAUGUGCUUGAAAAGUUAGAUGCAUUAUCAGAUUUAGCAAAGCAAUGUCAAAACGAUAUGAGUAAAGACAACUUUUUAAAACUAAAACAAGAAUUCGAAAGUAUGUUAGAUUCAAUAGAUAUUCAAUAUUUACACAAUGUAUUCAAAUGUAUUGAAUCCAAACCACUAUAUAUAUUAGGUAUACAGCUGAACACAGCUCCAGAUAUUCAUGAGAUCGGUUAUGGUGACACUGAGACGCAAGCCGAAGUAAGCGCUUUAGAAAAAAUUAUUCAAACUAUGAAAUUUUUUUUGCAGUAAAUUAUACAACGCUACACGUAAUGUAAAUAUAAUACAAUAAUCUGUUAUUAAUUAAGAAAUAUAAUAGUUUAUAUUUUAAAAAAACUUUCUAAUUAUAACAGGAAAAAAUAUGAUUUUUUACAUAUCAUAAGUCGUUUACAAAUUAAUUUUAAAACUCUUGGUUAGUUCUUAUACAUUUACAAUCCAAGAAAAAUUUUAUUUUUACUUAUAGUGUUGUACUUUAGAAGUUUUUGAUGUAUUUUGCAAACGAAAAUGCGCGAAUUAUUAUAUAAAUAGAUUUUAAAUAAUUUAAAACUUUUUUACAUUGAAAAAAGAGGUGUUACAUAAUUUUUAAAUGAAUUGUGAUAUUAAUAAUAAUAAUAUUAAUAUGGAUAUAAUAUAAUAUUUUAUAAAAAUAUUAUUACAAAUAUGUUAUUAUUUAUGUUUUAGUUCUGUACAUUUAAUGAUUCAAACUAAGAAAAGUUGAACACAUAUAUCUCUGUAAUUUUCAUAAAAAAUUUAUAAUAAUUUAUUUCUAUAAAUAAGUUUCAAACUUAAAAAAUGAAUUAUUUUUUAUAUACAAGAACGGUAUAACAAUUAGAUAGAACUAUUUAAUAUCGCAUAACAAAGCUACUCCGCGUAGUGUCCAAUGCCUUGGAUUGUGAUCUGUUUCAAAAUCAAUAGAACCAACAUAUUUUUGAUCCGUACGUUGCGGUUUUCUGUAAAUUGGACACUCGUAUAGUUUCGGAUCUUUUCCCGCAGUCGUAUUGAUGGCGUAUAUGUAAAUUACUGGCAUCUGCUCAUACAGUACUUUUGGUUUACUCUCAACGAGUUUGCCAGUCUUACGAUCUAGCGAGGCACCCUCUAAAAAUAAUCCAUGUACAUAAACGCCUUCUUGCGGCUGUUCCUUUAUAUCUUCUUUAUUAUACCGCGUUAUUAAAUUUUGUAAGACCACGGAGUCCAAGGCCCAACCUUUGUGCGCUCUGGUCACUUCCUAAAAAAUUAAAUCAAAAUUAUUUUCUUUCUUCACUCCUAUAAAAAUAUGUAUUUCUUUUGUUGAUUUUUGUUAUGUUUUUUUUUAUUAUUACAAAAUUUUAAAUCAAAUCUAACCCAGGUAUGAUCGAUUAUCUCAUGUUAUUAUAACAUAAUAUUGUACAUCUUUUUCACUAAUGAAAGGAUAGUAUACACAUUGUAAAUUGAUGAUUGUUACACGAAUAAAAUUUAUAAAGAUAUAUAAGUA